AUGAAAUGGGUGGUUCCAAUAGUCACCGAGGCCACGUCUUUCUUAUUAACGUCUUUACACUCUUCAAAUAGCUUAGAUAUACCUUUCUCAAUGCUAUCUGAGACCUCAACCGAGGUGACCAUCUUAUUCCACGCUAGCACACCAUGGGAUUCCAAUCCAAUCUUGGUCGGAUCAAUAAGCACUGAGUCAGUGUUGGUUCCUCCAACGUCCACUCCAAUUAACAUGUUAAACUAA